AUCAAAAUUAAAUUUGAUAAAAAGAUAAAAGUAGCUUCACGAUAUCGUGUUUGUCCAAAUUGGUUUAUUGUUGAUUUAUAACAGUAUACUUGAACAAAGGAUACAAAAAUGCGUUAUUUGGCAAUUUUGAUAGCGGCUGCAUUAGCCAUGGUUGGGGGUUCGCCCGUAGAAGUGGAUAAUAUCAGGGAAAAAAUAUUUUUAACAGAGGAAAAUUUAAGAAACAGUAUAUUGGAGCAAUUGGUACUUAGCUUAAUUGAAGAAUUAAGAGAAUUGAUGGUGACUGGAUCAGACACUAUUCCAGUAUUAGAUCCGCUAGUUGUUGACGAGCUGCAUAUCGACCAAAAUACUAUUGCCAUCUUACCCGGACAUAUAUCAAUUAAUGAUUUGACAGUGAAUAAUUUGAGCACAUUUGUAAUCAACGAAUUCAGUUUGACGAUGGCUUCUUUACUACAGCAGCGGUACAGACUCAUAUUAGACGGCUCUAUCCCAAUACUUGAUGUUAACGCGGGUGCCUAUGAUCUAGACUUGACGAUUUUCGGCGGAAGUAUAUUUGGCAGAGGAGAAAUGUCAUUGAGAGUUGUCGAGCCCCGUAUUCAUGCUAAUAUUGUCCUGUCUAUAAGACUAUCAGGAGGGAUAUUUAUUAGUUUACAGGAAUGCAGACUAAGUGUUUCUGUAGGGUCAUUUGAUGUAAGUAUUGCUCUGUUUUCUAAUUGUUUAAGACGAAUUUCCUUAUUAUUGUUAAGAAGAAAAUAAGCACGGCGCUGGAGGAUUGGCGCAACACUAGAUUAUUAUACGUCCCAUCACUAUCUGACAGCUGUCAAUGUCAUUUAGAUGUAUUAGAAUAGCGCGCCAUCCUGGCGGGCGCAGUGGCUCUGUGUGUUUAAGUAAAUUACGCUUGUUACAGUUAUUAAUGUCCUUUCUUAAAUAAUUUGGUUUAGGCUCUAGGCCCGUCUUGUAGUACCCAGGAAUGUACCGUCUUACUGCAUACAGUGAUACAAUUCGAAAUGUUGCCAUCUCCUAGAAAUAAUACUUUAUUUUUUUAAUUUCAGCCAAAAAUAACAGGUCUAUUCAACGAUCCUGUACUUAGCGACUUCAUCAGUGUAUUUUUGAAAAAUUUCGUUGAGGAAAUUCUUGUUGUUAUGGAGGAUGAAAUCACGGAGUUCCUCAGUGUCAAUGUAUUGGAGAUUGGUAAUCAAAUAUUAGCUGAUUUGGAUUUGUCAACAAUUCUCGGCGUUAAAAUGUAAAUCUAUUGAAUGUUAAAUUGAAUUUAAAAAUUACUAUGUAUGACUUUGUAUCCUUCUGACUACUAUUCCGGCAAACUUCAAAUGACCUAAAAAUGUAAAAUUCUUUCUCUUGAAACAUUAAAUGUAUUAUACCUA